GGAGCGAGAAAGUUUUAAAAUUAUAGUAUUAAUUACAUUACAUUAACAAUAAUUAAGAAAAUAUGUAUUUAGUCUAUAGCCACCAAUAAAAAUUAAAAUCUGCAUACAAAGUAAGAGUGAAUGUAAAGGUAUCUUUGUUGCCAUUGUUUGUCAGCCUAUUAGUGUAGACCAGCUUGUUAUUAAAAAUAGCGCGAUGGUGGAGCCUGUGGGGUAGGAGGGAUUGGCAGCAUUCUUGUGACUGUCAGUGUGUAGCGUGCGACUGACCGAGUGGCGUGGCAGUACGCGGUGUGCGGAAUCAUGUGACUGUGUCAGUGUCCGUGUCUGUGCUCGUCAUUUGUGCUGUUUGGUUCAUUUAAAGAUAAGUAUGGUGUGUUAAACACAAACAUGUUUUAAACAUACUUUUGUUUUCGACUCUUAAACAUUUAAUUGAUUGAAUCUUAAAAGUUUUGUAAGUUUGAAUAAAAAUGCCUUAUUAUUCAGAUCACUACUAUGGGUCAGGUCAACCACCCCCAUAUUACCUGCCAUCUUCACCGUACACUCCUGCUACUUCUCGGAUAUCCUCUCCCUACUCCUUCAGCUAUAUGUCACCCAUCUCUGCCAUGUUAUCUGCUGGUAUCGGCACCAAUCCUGUGCCUCGUGGGUUGCGCUCUUACUCCCCGAUGUUGUCCUCUAUAUCGGAGAGCGGUUCUCCACUCAUCUCCCGUAGAGAUCUUGGUUCUCCAAGACACAUUAGUGGGAAGACGUAUUAUCGCCAACCUCGGCCAGUGGUCAUCGAUACGGAGAAUAUUGACGUUUCAAGAAGGAAGCAUGAUGAUAUCAAUGAUAUGGAAUCAACCCCAGGAUUGAUUUCACGAGGGAAAACAAUUGUGCGGAUGCAUACAAAAAAACUGAAAGAGAACCCAGAAUUGAAGAAAAAGAAAACUCAAGCAGAAUUGUUGAUGGAAAAAUAUCUCAUCAAAGAGAAGCCAAAAGAGGAAAUCCCUAGGAGGAAACGGAUUUGGGAGGAACGUGAAGAAGAACUUAGUAAGACUCCAGCACAAGCUGGAACUAUCAAGAGGACAAAUACGGUUUACAGAAAAAUCUCUGGUCCACUACCACCACCUGAAGAUAUUGUUCAAGAAGAAAUCAGUGAAUCACUUCCUCAAAGGAAAACAUCAAUCGAUAGCGAUUUACUGAAAGCAGAAGCUGCUUUAUUUGAUUGCAUGAUUCAAGAAGAACUUGGGUUUCGCAGUCAAAAAGAAAUUUCUGAUGAUCAAAAUGUAGAAAAUAGCGAUUCAAACUCUGCUAAACGUAAAACUAAAAGAGAAUUUCUUCCAUAUGGGAAAAAGAAAUCCUCCCACCUUUUGUUGGAUGAAAAUGGUUUGCCGGUAGAAAAAAAGAAAUCUCAUUUCCAUAAAAAAAGAAGUUCAAGGAAUUUGCCAUUGGAUGAGGUGAACUCAGAUGAAAAUUUAAAAGAAGGAAAUACCACCCAGGAUGAAACAGAUACAAAAGUUAUCAAAAGAAGAUCAACCAAAAAAAAGAAAAAUUUGAGUGGACCCUUAAAAUUCAAAAUUGAUGCUUUGCAUGUAGAAGAAAAAUCAUCUCCUAAACUUUUAAGAAAGUUUCAAUAUGAAGUCAUUGUUGAAGAAGGUGAUAGAAAAUCUGUCAAACAAAGUCCUCGAAAAACUGAGAAUCAGUUUGACAAAUCAAUUUAUGAAAACAUUCCAGAUAUUUUGAGGAAAGAACCUCUAAAUUAUGAAAGUAGAGAGAACAUGCAAAUUUGUGAUAAGACUUCAUGUGCAAAUUCAGAAAAUAUAAGACUUAUGAGCAAAGCUUGUGAUAGUGGUUGUGAUAACAAAAGUAAAUCUGAGAAUAUUGUAAAUAGUACAGGUAUAACAAACAAACCAGUAAUAUGUGAUAAGGAGAUACAGGAUGAACAGAGUGUCACUGUUAAAACUGACGGAAAGAAAGAAAAUAGUUCCUUGAAGAAUACUGAAGAAUAUAUGAAUAAGUUUAAGAUCAAAGGAUUUUUAGAGAAACAACAAAAACAAGAAAAGGGAGCUGACAAGAACAAAACUUCUCCAAUAUUGGACAAAAGAAAAAAUCAGAAGACUGAUAGCAUUAGGCCGGAAAAUGAAACACAAAAACAUUCAGGUAAAGAAACUGAUUUAGCCGGUGAAAAAGAUAAUAGUGGUGUUGAGCUAUUUCUAAACACAGAUCUGAAAACUGUAGGUAGUGAAUUUGAUCAUUCCAUAGAACAUUGUAAGGAAAGUAUCAUUACUACUUCAAAUAUAGAUCAACAAAAUAAAAUUAAUGACUCAAAAACUACAUUAGAAAAUCAAAAACAAAGUUUAUUUCUUUCUAUAGAGCAACCACUAAUCCCUCAGAAAAAUAUUGCUACUUCAGAAGUUGAUCAAAAAAUAUUAAUCAAUGUGACUCCCAGCACUCCUGUUUCUCCAGAUGAAAAACAAAUGUUACAAUCACUAAAAAAUACUGAAUUGAAAGAUUUUGAGAAAAAGAAGUUUGUUGCUAAAUCAAAUCCCAGUACACCUAUUUUAUCAAAAAGACCAGUUGAUCAGAGUAGUACAACUCAAAGCAGCUUAGGAAUCGCUGACAUUGACAGAAAUGCAUUGAGAAAUAAACUUCCUAAAUCACAUCCCAAUACACCGCUAAUGUCAAAAAAAGAAACCAUACAAGAAAAUAAAGAACAAUCUGCAAUUGGAAAGCCAGAAAUAGAUCAAGUAUCCCUCACAAAUAAUAUGAGUUCAAAAUCUAAUACAAGUACACCUAUCUUACAAAGAAAGCAUGUUAGCCUAGAAGAUAGUGAGCAAAAACAGACUGGUUCUCCAGAACUUGAUAAGAAAAUAAAACCAAACAAAGCAGAAAAUUUAAAGCCCAACACUCCAAUUUUACAGAAAAAGGAAAUAUGUCAAACACAUCAAGAACAUCCACAAUUAAAAACUCAAAAUUUGGAAAGGACAUUUUUAAAUAAAGAUAUGUUAGGUAGUGAUUGUGAUAACAGUUCAUCUAGUUUAGUUGCAAAACAGGUUUUACAGAAAAAUAUAACAGAUCAAAAAAUUGAAACUUUAGAAUCAGAUGUGAUAAAAGCAAUAGAUAAAGGUUGUAAAUCCAGUUCAGUUACACCUGUUUUGCAGAAAAAGGAAAUUACUACAAAAACAAAAACUGCACAGCCCAAGAUAGGAACACCUGUUGCUACCAGAAAAUUUACCAAUGAAGAAACAACGUGUUCAAAUCAAAACUUACCAAAUGUACUAAAAAAAGAUGUUCUACAAAAGGAAAUAGAACCUAAAAUUAACUCACCAGAUUUUGGCAAGAAAAAAAUGUUUAGCGAAAUCCCCAAAUCAAAACCCAGCACUCCUGUUUUUUCAAAGAAAGAAGUUAAAAGUGAAGAUUUGGUACAAUCAAAAAUAGAAACACCAAGCAACGAAUUUGAUCCUUGGAAGAUAAUUCUGAGUGAAAAUGAAAAUAAAUAUGAAAACACAAAACAGCUUAUUACUGAUCCUCCAGAGAAGAAUGAUGAUACAUUGAAAUGUACUUCUACUGCAACUAAUAUGAAUAAAAAAGAUACUGUUUUUGAAAUCACUGAUCAGGUGAAGUCUGAGACACCAAACAUGUCAAAGAAAAAAUUAGGAGAUGACAAACCUAAAUCAAGUCCUUGUACCCCUGUCUUCAAAAAGAAGGAAAUAACACCAGAAAUUUCAGCACACAAAACAACAGAAACACCAAAUGAAAUUGACAAAAAUAUUGUUGCAAAUGUUACCAAAUCAAGUCCUACUACACCUGUUUUACAAAAGAAAGACAUCAAAGUAGAUGAUCUAAUUGACGAAAUACCAGAAAUGGGUAGAAAAACUGAAGCAAAUGCUAAUAAUAUGUCUAAUUCAACUACACCUGUUGUACAAAAUAAACAAAUUAUCCAAGGAAUAGUCAAGCCCAAGUUUGGAACACCAGAACCCGGAAGAAAAUUGAUAAGUAAUGUUGCUCCUAAGUCAAACCCUAGUACACCUGUGCUAAAGAAAAAGCAACUUCCACUAGAAAGUUCACCUCUAAUUCUUCAACAAAAAUUUGGAACACCAGAAUUGGGAAGGAAAAAGCUUGUUAAUGUAGCACCUAAAUCUGAUCCAUGCACUCCAGUAAUGGCCAAGAAACAAAUUGUGGGCCCAAAGAUGGAUCUGCCAAUUGAAGUUUCCAUGGUACAGUCAGAAAAGAAAUAUAAUAGUUCUGAAGCUGAGAAAAGUAUUCCUGAUGCAAGUAAAAAUAUUCCCAUUGAUGAAAAUAAAAUUGGUAUAACUGAUAUGGCGGAAAAGAAUAGUUCUGUGAACGAUUCAACUGAAGUGAGUAGUGAUACAGUUAAUGAUAAACAAAAAACAAAUGCUAUGACAGAAAUACAAACUGAUAAAGACGGUCAAGUAGAUAUAAAUUUGGAAAAUGAAAAGAGCAAAAUUCCUGUAACAAAACAAGGAGAUAUUACAACUCCUGUAGGUAAAGAAAUCACAAAACAAGGUGUAAAUGCUGAGAAACCAGUUACAAAGGAGAAGACUGCUCCAUCUAAGGUGGAAGGCCUUAAAAAUUUAUUUAGUAAAACCGGAACGGUUGAAGAAAAUGUUAAAGGUGUCAAUAAUGUUAAAACUUCCAACACAAAGUCUCAAGACAAUACUGACGGCAAGGAACUAGGCAGUAAAUCUGUUCCAAAACUUGAAGAGAAAAUUGGAAAGUUGGUUAAGGAUGGCAAUGCUCUAGCUAAUAAAAAAGAAGAAAAAUCAACUUCAGUCAAGAAGUUGAUAAAGCAGAAUGCUGUUGAUGAAAUUAGUGAAAAAACAUUGGUCAAGGAUAAGCAUGACCCAGAAAAAUUAGGUGACACAAAUAUUAAACUUCUAAGCCAUGAAAAUCAAUCAGAGACUAAAGUGAAACAUAUUGUGCCCACACAAACUAAAUCAACAGAAACUAUGAAGUCCGCAUUAUAUCAAGAUAAGCCUAUUGAGUUAAUUUCUAAGAAAGUGGAGAUUGACCAAUCAAAUACAAGUACUUCAAAGCUAGAACUCUCUAGUAAACUCAUCAAAGACAAUAAAGAAGUUGGCAUGAAAAAAGAAUCCCCCAAGAAGGAACUUAUUGCAGUUAAAGAAAGUAGGAAAAAGCGUAUAAAAUCUGAAUCUGAUGUUCCAGAAGAUAUUGAUGCACAAGAUGGAAAUAGUAAUGCAACUGAUGCAGAAAGGAAAGGUUCCAAAACAAUUGAGAAAUCAAAAUCAUUAGAUGAAACUAAAACAGAAAAGAGUUCAAAGAAGAAGAAAAAGAGCAAAGAUAAGGAUAGUGGUAACAAAAAAGGAAAUUCAAAAUCACCUAAAAAAUUAAAAGACGUCAAACAAUCUUCUCUUGAUGUCAAAGAAAUAAUUCAGGAGAAAAAGUCACAAAAUGAGAUACAAAAGCAAACUGCUACGUCCAAUAGUAAGGGAAGCUCUUCUGUUAAUCAAAGUGAAGAUAAAGGUUCUGAUACUAAAACAUUAGAAAAAAAUGACCUCUCCAAAAGUGAAUUACGUUUGUUACACUUCAUCAACAAGUGUAUAAGACUAAGUGCUGAUAAUGAGAACAUUUUAGUGGACAUGAGUGAUGAGGACGAGAGUUCUUCAUCGGAUUACACGAGUGACAGCGACAGCGAAUAUACUUCUGACUCCGAGGAAGACACUUUGACUGAUGAUUCAUCAGAAGAUGAUGAGUGUGAUGUCAACUGCCACCGCAAGUGUGAGAAGCUGAUGCCCAAUUUGUGUGGCGUCAACCAGAAGCUCAUUGUUGAAGCGCUGUCAUCGCUGCGGAAAGGGUCAUCAGAAUCCCGAGACCAUGGGUCACCCACUCGUCGACACAGUAAUGCUGCCCUCAGCCUGGAUGAGGAAAGGAGCCAUCCCGGGCGUGUCACUCCUCCUGCCACCACCAUCCCAAAGUUCCGCAAAUAUACACUGGAGGACUUCCAGUUCCUUAAAGUGCUCGGCAAAGGGAGUUUUGGGAAGGUAUUGUUGGCAGAGUUGAGGGGUACACAAUACUACUACGCUGUCAAGUGUCUGAAGAAAGAUGUGGUCUUAGAGGAUGAUGAUGUGGAGUGUACACUGAUAGAGCGCAAGGUACUUGCCCUAGGCACCAACCACCCUUACCUCUGCCACCUGUUCUGCACUUUCCAAACCGAUUCACACCUUUUCUUUGUAAUGGAGUAUCUCAACGGAGGAGACCUGAUGUUCCACAUCCAGCAGCAAGGUCGUUUUGAUGAGGGCCGAGCACGUUUCUACGCUGCUGAGAUUGUCUCAGGCCUCAAAUUCUUACACAAGAAAGGAAUCAUCUACAGGGACCUCAAAUUGGACAACAUUCUGUUGGACUUUGAUGGCCACGUCCGGAUAGCAGAUUUUGGGAUGUGCAAACUACAGAUCUUCCUGGACCGUACAGCUGAUACAUUCUGCGGCACUCCGGACUACAUGGCUCCUGAGAUUAUCAAGGGGCUAAAGUACAACCAAUGCGUGGACUGGUGGUCGUUUGGUAUCCUACUAUACGAGAUGUUGGUGGGCCAGAGUCCCUUCAGUGGCUGUGAUGAAGACGAUCUGUUCUGGUGUAUCUGCAAUAGACAGCCCCACUACCCACGCUUCAUUACAUUGGAGGCUAAGCGGAUACUCUGUCAGCUGUUAGAGAAAGAGGCGACCAAGCGGCUAGGUUCAUGUGAGAACGGUGCAGAGGAAGUGAUGGGCCACCCCUUCUUCAAUGGUUUGGACUGGAGCCGGCUGGAGCGCAGGGAACUGAUGCCUCCUUUCAAACCGAAUGUUAAACAUCCUCUCGAUGUACAUUACUUUGACAAGCACUUCACUGCAGAGAGAGCUUGCCUUACACCUAUAGACCCCUCGAUACUCCAGUCCAUGGAUCAGACACAGUUUCAGGGCUUCAGCUACACUAAUCCCAAUGUCACGGAGUAAACUCUACGUAGUUGAAGUUUCACGUUAAACUAGCUCAAGAAACAUUUAGUAAAACAAAAAUCACUGUUGAUGUAUCACGGAAGCGUUCUAAAAAAAUUUGACAUUCACAAGGAAUGAAUAUACCAAGAUAAAAUCUGUGAAGACAUAUAUCUUGGACUGUCCAGCUUCUACACUAGUUCUAAAUGCUUGUGGCAAGAGCAAACUUCCUCGAUUUAAUAGCACUGAUUGUGGUUUAAUUAAAACUACUGCUAUUAGUUUUAUUCUAAUGUGUUCUCUGAGGAGUACAGCUUAUAUGUAUGAACCAUUUCAUUCUUCCAUACUGCUGUUUUAGGAGUCUGAACAAAAUGUUUAUAGAUGUUAAAGAAAUGGUUAAAUGUUAAGUGGUAUGUUAUGUUUAAAUCACUAGCAGUUUGUAUUUUUUAUAAGGUAGAUAGCUACUUGUGUAGAUCUUUAAUCAAUAUCAGUCCUUCAAGUAAGCAUUAUUUACAUUUAAUACUGGUAUAUUAUAUUACUCAUCACAGUUUUAUAUAGAUUAUGUUUGGAUUUAGUUAUUUCUUUUAUUUAUAAAGGUGCUGGCUGUUUCCUCAUAUUUCACCUAGAGAUUCUUAUAUAAAACAAAAAUGUUUUAAAUCACAGAUUUAUUGAUUCUGAUUCAACUCAAUACAAUACAGUUUUGCAGUAAUCAGCUUUUAUUUAGUCUUCUUGCAGUUUUCUAUUUAUACAAAAAUGUCUUGAUUAAAUAGCUCUGUGAUUGUUGUUGACUGUUCAAAUUGAUUAAUGGUAAUUGGACUGCCGGUAAUUUUUGUUAUUCUAUCUAGUUUUAAGAGAUGUUAGUACAAAAUAUGAGUUAUCAAGUAUUGUGUGGAUGAUUUUGGUUAAGUUAAAUGUUAUAUUGUAGUUUAUUGUAUAUUUUUUUUAUAAAUAGUAUAUUGUCAAUGUUUAAAAACCGUGUUCCUGCUUUAAUUUAAUAUAUAAUUUGUAUUUAUUUAUAUUAUCGUUAGUAACGCUGGAUGGUUGGGAUAAAAGUUUGUAAUUUUAAAAAUUAACAAACUAAUCACAAAUAAUAUUGAGUACUUGUUUUCGUGCCAAGCAAGGUAAAUUAUACUUUGUAUAUAGCUUACUAUGUUUAUGUAUGGUGUAUUAAAAUUAAUUGCAUGUUAUUUAAAUAAUGCAAUUAAAUCUGUAUUGUCAAUUGUAAUGCCAACUAUAACAAUUUGAUCUGUUUGUAUUAUUACAAAUUUGAUUGUAUGUUACUCAGGAGAAGACUCUUACAAAUUCAGAUUUAAAUUUGAUUGAAAUUGAAAAUGAAUUUUUAAAAUUCUAAAUUGAUAAUAUCUUUAAAACAGUGGAAUAUCGUAAUUUUAAAAUCAGGCACUUUUUUGGUAACUACAUGAUGGCAGAAUAUUCUAAUGCAGAAAUGUAUUAAGGAAUGAUUACUUAAAUUUAAUAUUUAUUUUUAAUAUUGCUUAUUAUGUACUGCAUGCUAAUUUUUAAAUCUCCUUCUAACAACUUACAACUGUUCAGUAAUUUUAAGUAAAGAGGAUAGGGCACUAGUGUGGAAAAUGGAUAAAUUUGUAUUAAUCUGGUAAUAAUGUUUAUGAUAUACAUACCACGUUUAUAAGAAAGAUUAAUUAUUAAAGUAUAGUUUAGAAAUGUCUGAGUCUUCUCUGAUAAUCAUUUUUAAAUUCUUUAUGUUGCUUGUAAUCAAAUCUUACAGUAAAAGUUGCACUGUUAUUCAAACCACCAUAUUCUGAAUUUGCUCAUAGUUGUCUUUAUAAUGAUAAUAAUAAACAUUGUAUUCCUUAAUAUAAGAUUUUUGUAAAUAAUAUUUAAAUCUGUUUUUGUUUAACAUGGUCGAUGUUGCUUCAUAUUUUGAGUAUGUUUAUAUGUUAAAUUGUUUAUUUUUUGAUAGCUUAAAAUGUUGUUAAAUUAGAUUUAAGUUUCAUAAAUAAAACUUGUUUACAACCA